GGGGUCCAGGGCUGAGGCAGUGGGACGGAAGUGAGCGAGUCCAGCCCCUCCCCCUUUCGUUUUCGUUGGAGCGGCCGCUGCAGCUACUACAGCUGCUCGCUGUUAGGCGAGCGGGAGUCUCUGUUCCGUACCCUCGGUCCCUGGCCGCGCAGAGCCGGGAUGCACUGCUCCUGCUCUGGGUCCUCAUCAUGGAGAACAAACGGGUGGAGAUUCCCGGCAGCGUCCUGGACGAUCUCUGCAGCCGAUUUAUUUUGCAUAUUCCGAGCGAGGAAAGAGACAAUGCAAUCCGAGUAUGUUUUCAGAUUGAACUUGCCCAUUGGUUUUACUUGGAUUUCUACAUGCAAAACACACCAGGAUUACCUCAGUGUGGGAUAAGAGAUUUUGCUAAAGCUGUUUUCAGCCAUUGUCCAUUUUUGCUGCCUCAAGGUGAAGAUGUGGAAAAAGUUUUGGAUGAAUGGAAGGAAUAUAAAAUGGGAGUACCAACAUAUGGUGCAAUUAUUCUUGAUGAGACACUUGAAAAUGUACUACUGGUUCAGGGAUACCUAGCAAAAUCAGGCUGGGGAUUUCCAAAAGGAAAAGUAAAUAAAGAAGAAGCUCCUCAUGAUUGUGCUGCUAGAGAGGUCUUUGAAGAAACUGGUUUUGAUAUCAAAGACUACAUUUGUAAGGAUGAUUACAUUGAACUUCGAAUCAAUGACCAGCUUGCCCGUUUGUACAUCAUUCCAGGAGUUCCAAAAGACACAAAAUUUAACCCAAAAACUAGAAGAGAAAUUCGGAACAUUGAGUGGUUCUCCAUUGAGAAAUUGCCCUGUCAUAGAAAUGAUAUGACCCCGAAAUCCAAACUUGGUUUGGCACCUAACAAAUUUUUUAUGGCCAUUCCAUUUAUCAGACCAUUAAGAGACUGGCUUUCUCGAAGAUUUGGAGAUUCCUCAGACAGUGACAAUGGAUUUUCCUCAGCUGGCAGCACACCAGCUAAACCCACUGUGGAAAAAUUAAGUCGAACCAAAUUCCGCCACAGCCAGCAGUUAUUUCCUGAAGGUUCUCCUGGUGACCAGUGGGUAAAGCAUAGACAGCCACUGCAACAAAAGCCAUAUAAUAAUCAUUCUGAAAUGUCUGACCUCUUAAAAGCAAAGAAUCAAAAUGUGAGGGGAAAUGGCAGAAAGCAGUAUCAAGACUCCCCUAAUCAGAAGAAAAGAACAAAUGGAGUUCACAGUCAGCCCACAAAGCAGCAGAAUCCCUUGAUGAAAUGUGAAAAAAAACUGCAUCCACGGAAACUUCAGGAUAAUUUUGAAACAGAUGCUCUAUGUGACUUACCUUGCUCUAGUGAAGACCAGUUGCUGGAACAUGCCGAGGGGCAGUCUCUGGCGUGUAAUGGACAUUGCAAGUUCCCGUUUUCAUCCAGAACCUUUUUGAGUUUCAAGUUUGAUCAUAAUGCCAUAAUGAAAAUCUUGGAUCUUUAAUAGCAGCAAAUGUGUUACGGAAAUACCAAGAUCAGAGACCUAUUGCACUGGAGUAUGUGUCUCUUCAUGCCUUACCAUUCUCAGGUGUUUUAAUGAAAUGCAGGGAGGCAAUGUUUCUGAAGAGAUUGCUCUUUGUGCAGAGGAGAGAGUGGCAAGAAAUGAGUUUGCACUGUAAAUGCAGUUACAACUUUUCAUACAUUUGUACCUUUCCAGUGUUGGGCUAAUUAGUUUUAGUUCCUUUUUUUUUUUUUUUUUUUUUGAGGGCAUUCACUCUGUGUAAUUGUGGGCUUUAUUUUGUAUUCUGGUCAAGAAAAGUGUUGUCAUCAUGAAGUAGCCAAGUUAGUGAGAAUGCACCAUCUACCCAUUAUAGUGAUCACAAUAGUAGUUUACUUAUAUUGAUAUUCUUUAAAGACAGACUUAAAACACACAGUUUUUAAAUGAACACAAGUGCUAAAGUGUCA